AUGUCUUCUGCUUCUCCCACCACCACGCUCCCCGGCGUGGUGGCGGCGAUCAAGCAAGAAAACGUGCUGGAAAUGCUCUCCAGCGGGGCGCCGGAGAAAGGAGCCCGGGAAGGCUCCGCGUCUGCACCGCCUCCUGCUCUCGCCGCCGCCGCCGCCGCUCCUGUGUUUGCAAGGGAGGUGGGAGAGGACGAGGACGACGAGGAAGAAGCGGCCGCUAGCGCCGCGGACCAAGUCCUGCUCCACGCGGAACUUCUGGUGAGGAAUGCCCACGCCGCCGCUUCGUCGCCACUGUCCUCGCCGUCGUCGUCGUCGUCGUCGUCCUCCUCGCCCCAGGCUCUGCUCGCCUUCUCCCCGGACCACGUCGCGUGCGUCUGCGAGGCUCUGCAGCAAGGCGGGAACCUGGACCGGCUGGCCCGGUUCUUGUGGUCGCUGCCCCAAAGCGACCUCCUACGUGGCAACGAGAGCCUGCUGAAAGCGCGGGCGCUGGUGGCCUUCCACCAGGGGCUUUACGCGGAGCUCUACGGCAUCCUGGAGAGCCACAGCUUCGACGCCGCCAACCACCCUCUGCUGCAGGAGCUGUGGUACAAGGCGCGCUACACCGAGGCGGAGAGGGCCCGCGGGCGGCCGCUGGGCGCCGUGGACAAGUACCGCCUGCGCAGAAAGUUCCCGCUGCCGCGCACCAUCUGGGACGGCGAGGAGACGGUCUACUGCUUCAAGGAGAAGUCGCGCAACGCGCUCAAGGAGCUCUACAAGCAGAACCGGUACCCUUCCCCCGCCGAGAAGCGCAACCUGGCCAAGAUCACCGGCCUGUCGCUCACGCAGGUCAGCAACUGGUUCAAGAACCGGCGGCAGCGCGAUCGCAACCCCUCCGAGCCGCAGUCCAAGAGUGAGUCGGAUGGCAACCCCAGCACAGAAGAUGAGUCCAGUAAGGGCCAGGAAGACUUGUCUCCGCACCCCCUGGCCAGCACCUCUGACGGAACUGCCAGUUUGAGUCUUCCUAGCCACAUGGAGCCGCUCUAUAUGCAGCAGCUGGGAAGCACCAAAAUCUCUCUAAGUUCUUCCGGUGUUUUGUUGAAUGGAAACUUAGUGCCCUCCAGUCAGUCACCCGUCUUUCUGAACGGUACCUCUUUCAUUCAGGGGCCCAACGGCGUGCUUCUCAACGGGGUCAGUGUGGGGGCUUCGCAAGCUGGAUCAACCAACCCACCCAAAACAUCUCCAAACACUUUAAGCAAUGGAGUGGCCAUGAGCGACAUCAUGACCUCUUCUUCAGAAGAUGUGAAAGACUUCAAAAUCCUCCAGGCUUCCAUGUCCAACUCGGCAGCGACGACAACGACGACGUACAGCCCCAGUUCCGUACCCAUCUCUUUCCCAGGCUUGAUCCCAAGCAUGGAGGUGAAAAGGGAGGAAAGUGAAGAAGCCAUUGCGUCGCAAGAUGGCAGCUCCGUGGUUACUUUUACCGCUCCUGUCCAAAUAAACCAGUAUGGCGUUGUCCAGAUACCCAAUCCAGCAACCAGUGGCCAGUUACUCAAUGGAGGCAUCAGUUUUUCCCCAGUGCAACUGCCUCCCAUUUCAGCAGCAGCUUCCCAAGGCAAUAUUUCAAUAAAUCAAAGCACACCGAGCAGUGGCACCUUUACAAAUGAUUCUUCAAGCGCCCAACAAGGGAAGGUGUUUUUCAGCUCGCUCGCUCCCGUGGUGUACACAGUCCCAAAUUCAAGCCAGGUGAUUGGACCAGUGAAACAAGAAGGACUAGAAACGAGCUUGGUGUUUUCCCAAGUCAUGCCACUGGGUCAGAAUGCCCAACUUCAUGCAAAUCUACCUUCAGACAACCUGGCAGGUGGGGGCCUCCAGGCGGGCGCCUCCUCCUUAGUCAAUGUGACUCUGGCGCAUAACUUUUCCCUAGGACCGCCCACUCUUUUAAAUACAGACGAACUCAGCUCGGCCGUGUCUGACAGCCCCCCAUUGUCGUCCCCGGUGACCAGUGGGGCCACCGUGGUGUCCGUCAGCAGCGCCAACUAUGCAACCCUCCAGAACUGCUCGCUCCUCACUGGCCAUGAGCUGAUGUCCAUGUCGGCAGCACCGUCCCCUCUCGGGGGAAUCGGCCCAGCAACUGGCAAUCACGUGGGGUCCCACCCGCUGGUGCAAGUGCACCCCACUUUCUCUCGAGAGCAGCGCUUGAUCCUGCAGUCCAUUCCCAGCCUGAAGGAAAAUUUCUUGUCCGAUUCCGAGAACAAAUCGGCAAGCAACUUAACCAAAUAUGUGAUGAGCAAUAUGGUUGAUGCAAUUUGUGAAGAGCUGGGAACAGACAAAAAGGAGCUGGCCAAACUCCAGACAGUACAGAUGGAUGAAGAUAUGCAAGACUUGUAA